AGUUAUGAUUACGACAGUGACAAAUGUGUGACAAACAAGUGGCUUUAAGGUUAUAUUUACAAAAUUAACUUCUAUUUCAUAAUUUGCAGGACGAUAACGUGGUGGAAAAAUAAAUAUUAUAUUAUAAGAAGAACCAAGUUAUUAGUCUAUUUGUUGAGCAAUAAAUUAGUCUUACGCGAUGAAGACUGCGGAAUUUGAUACCACGUUAGGUGGUACCGAACAACUACCAGAUUUAGCAAAUACUUUAAAAUUCGCUGCAUCCAGAAGUGUAGAAAUCGCAGCGAUGACAGAGAGCAUCCUUCGCCCCAGCAAAACAAAGCUGAUUUUCCAGUCUUUACCCGUACAUAUGCGGCGCCGGGUAAUGAGCCAUAACUGUAAAAGGCUACCCAGGAAACUGCGCCAAGGACAUUUAGAGCAGUUGAAAAAGAGUGGUUUACCGCCAAAACUAAAAAGACCGUCCAGAAAAUACAGGCGACGUCCUGGCAACUUGUUGGAAGAAUAUAAUAGAAGACAAAGGAGAUAUGUGUGGCUAGAAACACAUGUUUGGCAUGCUAAGAGAUUUCAUAUGUUAGAAAAGUGGGGGUAUCAAUUAGCAUAUGCUCCAUGUGAUAAAGCAUUCAGAGCCUGUUACAGAGCAAGUUCAGCCCAUUGCCUUAUGCAAGAUAUUUCUUACCACAUACCAAUCCAAAUCAGUGGACCACUAGACAUUAUUAAAGAAAUGUUCUCCUCAAUUACGAGUUCUGCUUGUGGUUUAAGUAUUUAUGCAAAAGCUUUUACAGGUGGAUCCAGACAGGGCACUAUUCAAUUGUACAAACCAAAUCAGUUUCCAUUUGGUUAUGUAGGCAAAGCAAAUUUCAUUUGGGUGCCGGAUGAGGCAGUUAAUAAAACUCUUUGGCUAUUUGUACAUCCCUCUCAGAUAAAAGAGGUAGAGUCUAUUUUGACUGAUAUAAUUUGUAGUAAUAAUCAAAAUGAUGAGUAUCAACCUACUAAGAAACAAAGGAAGUUAGUAAAUAAUUUUUCAGGAAACAUUGAGAUAAAACUAUGCCCCGGGAGAUUCAAUAUAUUUCGAUUGACUGGUCCAAACAGCCAUGCAAUACUUGCCCAUGGUUUAAAAUGUGUUGAAAAUAUUGAGAAAAUAAAAUCUAACAAAUGGAUUAUGGACAUAAAUGGAAAAUCAUUAUAUUUGACUGAUAAACUCGGUUAUUGGCAAAGCAUAGAGAAAGCUAGUUCUCCAUCACAAUUGCCAUCAAGAAUAGUCAUUGGUCUAGUUGUGAAAGACCCUAGACUAAGUCGGCCAACACACCGAACAAAGGCCAAAAAUAAUUGUAAUGUAUCUGUAAAUCUUGAAUCCUUAAUAACAAUACCACCAACAGCUGCAUCUUCACCAAUCUGGGAUUUGAAAACACAGGAUAUAAUCAAAAAUGAAAAACUAAGCAAUAGUCAAUUUAUAGCUCAUGUGACAAAAACUCAGCUAGUUCCUGGAUCUAUAUUUGAGGAUGACCCCAAGUUGCAAAGUGUACCUGUUGUACUGGUACAAAGACCAGGAUCUCAAGAUUCCAGUUUGAAGAAAAUAGGGUAUGGCAGUGGUUGGGACAUCAUAAUCCCAUCAGGGUAUGGAGUACAAUUCUGGCAAACAUUCAUCAUGUUUGGGGCUCGUUCUGGAGGCCUCCGGGAGACUGAAAAUUUAGCUUUUGAAAUGGGAGAGACAUACCUGCCACCAGACUCGAGUGCAGGAGAAGAAGAAGAAAAGGCAAUUUUUAAUGAUAUGAAGGAAAAAUAUUUUAAACUUCCUCCUAGUAAAAGGGUUAAUUAUAUAAAAUUAGGAAUAAAUAGUCCUUUCAGCUGCAACUGGAAACUGCUAUUGCAAGAAUGGAGCAAUGUGCCUGUUGAUAAUUUUUAUGUUUUAAGAGACAGCCAGUUGUUAUUAAAAUUGCAGGACUGUUUACAAAGAAGACAACACCUUCCAGAUAUCGUAAAUCCUGAGGCAUGUCUAGUACCUGUUUAUUUGCAAAUGGUAAAUGGAGGAUCUCUAAAAAAACAUGCUCUUAUUUGUUUGCCAGAAAAGGACGACUAUAUAUCUAUUGAAAAUGUUCAUGAACAACAACAUGACGAUCCUAAUGAAAAGUUAAGGAAACAAACAAGAAUUGAGCACAAACUUGAUAUAAAACGUUGGAGAAGAAAACGAACUAAACUUAGGAAUAAAAAUAAAAUGGUCACAGUUCAGAAAUCUAAAAAACGUGACAGCAACAAACUGUCUCAAUAUGUGCUGAAAAUGCGGGAACUGUGGCUUCCUAGCCAGAUUAAAACUGUUCGCCAUUCCUGUUCCAGACAAGUUAUGGGAUAUGUGUCGCAAGGCGCUUUCAGUUUCACAGAGUCAAACAGCUGUGGUCUUGGCUAUAUCGCUUACCAUGCAUUGAAUAUACUAAUAAAAAAUGGACAUAAUCAAAUCUUAGUGCGCAACAUAUCCUCUAAAAAGUAUAGAUUAGGAAAUAUUCUAGUGAUAAAAAAUUGUUAAAUAAAACAAAUAGUUUGCUACAAAA